AUGCCAACGUCAAAAUAUUUCGAUCGAAUCCCCCCAUUUCCUUCUGAUAUGCCUGUGGUUUCUCUGGCAAAAGUCUCUCUCGAGGCUUUGAAGGACAAUAGGGGAUCUGAAGUAAAGAAACUAUACGAAGCUGUCAAAAAUGGGGUCUUGCAUGUUGAUUAUCAUUCACGCCUUCACCCCGAUGUGAUUAGCAUCAGUCAGGAGCAGAUCAGACAAUUUAUCGAACACGCCCAUGCCGUGCUAGAUGAGGUUUUGGCUAAAUUGGACACUUGUCUAGGCAUCGAAUCCCAGACACUAGAAGCAUUGAGUCCGCUGGAUCAAGAAUCUGACGGUAUCGUUCGCCUGCUCUGGAGCCCAGCCCAAACCAAUCCCAAUUACGAUCGCAUUUUAUUCGGUGGUCAUACUGAUAUGGGAACAAUGACGCUUCUGUUCAACAUCGCAGGCGGGCUUCAGGUUCUCCCCGCAGGGUGUGAGAAUUGCAAAGAAAAUUGGCGUUACAUAAAGCCUGAGCCCGGAUGUGCUGUGGUAAAUGUCGGCGACACAUUGGUAGAGUGGACUGGGGGCCUCCUGCGCAGCUCUCUGCACCGGGUAGUGACAGCUCCAGGGGACCAGGCAAUGGUGCAGCGGCACAGUGUGGCCUAUUUGGUACGUGCUAAGCGAAAUGCGUCACUUCAGCGCCUUAAAGGAGGCACCAUCCCGCCACUGGCACCUGGAGAAGAGGAUGAAACGCGCUCGGUAGAUGAAUGGAACGAAUGGAAGUCUCGGCAAAUUGUCCUGGGCCAGUUGAAGCCUGAGACGCGAGGCGGACGCAACAUGUAA